GAAAAGCCUUAAUAGAAAUGUGAUUACUAGCAGUUUUUUUAUUUACUAUGGAGCAACUCAGGCCCCAGUCUUUCCUCACCCACAGGAUGAGCAGUUGUCUUUCUGCUGCUACACACAAUACGCGAUUAGUUCUUCCUUUACCUGCCUUAUCUCAGUCCACUGUUUCAUUCAUAGCAUACACUGUUUCCACAGCUCUUUCAAAAUGGCGGAGAUGUUAGGGAACAAGUAUCCCCCACAUCUUCAAGGACGCAUCACAUAGUAAUGAGCUGCGCAUUUGGCAGACUAAGAGAGGGGCGGUGUACUAUGUAAAAACCCUUGUUGACCUGACGCAAAACAAGUGUUAGAUGCAGACGUGAGUUGACAAAGCUACCAUGAGGCUGUUGCGCAUAUUCUGCUUGUUGUUGUUGCUGCCCAGUGCGUCAGGCACUCCAACACACCAGGGCACAAUAAGUGUCACCCUACAAGGCCAGAAUCAGGAGGACCCCAGGCCAGACCACCAGGAAACAGGGCCAUUAGCAGGAGUCAAAAGUCCAUUGGAGGUUGAAAAUGGUUUGGGAGAGAGCCAAUCAACAGUGGAGGAAAAAAUCCCCAUCGUUCCCAACACUUCUCAUUACCAACCUGGAGACACCACAUGUUUUGGAAGGACACUGGGUCACAGAGAGGUUGUUGACGAUAUGCUUUCAGCACUUCGUGAAGGUUGGGACAAGGAAAGUGAGCUGAGAAAGGAGGAUUUGACUCAGUUUGGAGUUUGCUCUAACUCUGAUGAUGGUGCUUUGAUAACGGCUUUGUCCACACUAGUUAAAGAAGCCAACAAACUGAGACAUGAGCUACAUAUUUGGCAGCCAACCAAAGAGGUCAUUGAGAGUGAAGAAGGAUUGAGGCUUGUGUUGACCCUCCACCUCCAUCAGCCGCCUCUCACAAAAACCAAGCCCAUACUGUUCCUUGCCUUUAGAAACCCCAGAACCAGAACUCUAGGCAAUAUCACCUUCACCAGUCACGAUCUGCAGCCUUACAAACAGGCCGUUUGUAUUUCAGAGGGAACACAGUUCCUCGUCCUAACAGGAACGCCAUCAGAGGGCAAAAGUCACCUGAAAUGGCAAAUCGUCGUUGACAACGAAAUGUCAAAUGCCGAGCAUAAGCGAUCUGAACUACAAGGUAUCCUUGGUGAAGGAACCACCGGUGAUGUCAGUGUCAUACCCCUGAUGCUUUUCUCAAUGGAUCGAGGACUUGGCGAAAGAGCGUCAGAAAGACAGGGUUCGUCCCCUGCUCCCUCUGGAACCUACACCUUUCUGUGUGAGCUGCAGAGGUUCCUCAGUGAUGUCCUGCCCCCGUCGAAGCUGUCACAACCUCUGACUGCUCCAGUCCCACUGUUCUCUCUUCAUUCCCUACCCCCCCUGCCCCUCGGGGUGUCAUCCAGUGAGACCGUCUUGGCCGAGCUGCUCAACUCCACAGCUCCCACCCUGUUCUCCUUCCCCACACUAAGCCCUGAGUUCCAGGGCUACCGCGGGGAGCUCGCCCUGCAGCCCGCCCUGCUGGAGGUGCUCAGGCAGAGGCUUGAGGAGGUUGUGGUUCAGAUGAGGGCAGAGGAGGUUGGCAGUUUCGGGAUGGACAGGCUAAGGAGGCUUCAGGAACUCAGUUACCUUCCCAAAGAGGGUGAAGAACCAUUAACAGGUGUUGGGAGCCGCAGUGAGAUGCAGUACCGUGCCCUGCUACUACUGAAGGCUCUGCAGACUGUGGUGGGAGCCUGGGAGGUGGAGAGGGGCCAGCGGGCCACCAGAGCAGGCCAGGAGGGCCUGGAGGGCCUGGAGGACCAGGAGGGCCAGGAGGGCCAUGGGCACCUGUGCCAGCGGCACAGCUUAACCAUAUCCCUGGAGAAAUUUCUGUUGACUCCCAGAGAGACCAAUAUCUUCGACUGCCGUGGAGUCUGCAAAUUCCCUCUGACCAAAGGAAACAACCAUGCCAUCCUGCUUAAUGGACAAGACCUGGCCCCGCAGCACUCACUCUGCUGUGUACCUGUGGACUAUGAGGGCCUCUGGGUGGUAGAGUUAAAGCAGUCUGCAACAGAGAUCAUCCUGAAGCCAAACAUGGUGGCAACGAAGUGUGAGUGCCGCUGACUCCUUCCACGAGGGCCAAUUACCAGCACUGUU